AUGGAACAAACUACCCUAGAAUGGUUUGGAGCCACAACCUACCGGCUCCGAACCAAAGGUGUCACUAUGUUUCUGGAUACCUGGCUGGAUAGGCCGUCCGUCAUGCCAAAGUAUCUCGCAGUUGAUGAUGUAGCCAAGGCAGAUUACAUACUUAUCUCUCACGCUCAUUUCGAUCACCUUCCUGGAGCCGACCGUAUUGCCAUCAAGACAGGGGCGAUCGUGAUUGCAAACUGUGAAGCAAUUAAUGUCCUUCGGCAAGCGGGCGUCCCCGAGGCCCAGCUGUUUCCGGUGUCAGGCGGAGAACGUAUCCCGCUCUUUACGAGAGAGGUUCGGCUUCAGGCGCAGCGUCAAGAAGUACCACUAGCUCAGGGGCCACCAGGCCGACCACCAUACCCGCAUCACUCCCUGGCGGCUCUUUCUGUUCACGUAUGGCCCUCGCUGCACUGCUUCGUACCGCUUCCUCCACCAGAGUUCAUGGACACUGGGGUCGUAUACGACGACGAAGUCCCAUAUGCAAGCAGUUUAGAUAUCACCAUGGGUAUGCAAUACGCCUUGCUCAAGCUUCAAGAUAUCAUGCCAGUCGAGAAGAUGGAUGACGGCAUGCGGUCAUUCUGCACCUAUGUUAACGACCGGGAGAAGAACGUUCUAUCACAUUGCGAUGGUGGCCAGCUCAUGUUCAACAUCAUCAUUGAUGGCAAGGCUCUUCUCUGGAGUGCGCACCUCGGCGGCUAUGAGGGAAUUAUCAAGACAGUCGAGCCGCAGCCCGAGAUAGCCAUCCUGGCCAUCGCUGGACGAGCCAACUUCAACGGCAGGCCAUUCAAAGGAUCGGCGGCACAGUUCGCCUUGAAGAAGAUCCAGUGGCUCGGGCAGCCAAAGCAGGUCAUAUGGUGCCUACACGAUACCAGUUGCGUGGAGCCAUAUCACGUGGAUACCACAGCCGCCACAGAAAUGGUUGAGAGGGAAACCAGCACCAAGGUCUUGAACUUGAAGCAGGCGACACCUGUGGUCUUGAAUCUGUAG